AUGCGUUUCUCACGCUCAACAAUCCUCGCAGCUCUCUGGACCUCCUCAACCUUGGUCGACGCCGUCGCCGACGGCACCAACUACGAAAUCGACGCAUACUCCAACGAGUGCGGCACCAACACCAUCAACACGUUCAAAGGCAUUGCAGAUGCAAACGGCGCGACAAGUUGCUUGACGUUUGCGGCGCCGAGCUUGUGCUUCACUACGAGCGUUGGGCCGGACGUCAAGGGUGGUUGCCUUUUCGUACUGGCUGGCACCUCCGAUUGCACCAACUCUACGACUGCUGCAUCUUCCAAUAACGCUGGCCAGACUCAGAAUGUCACGGCUUCUGGACCUACCAACUCGGUUAAGAUUGUUUGUCAGCCGAACCCGACUUAG